AGUCACGUGACUCUUUACAGUAAGUCCAACAUGGCAGACCUAGUGGAUCUUACGCGGUAACUAAAGCAACAUUUCAAGUCAAACAGACAAUUGGACACUAGUGUGCACAAGACAUCAACAAUGAGGGAGAGACAGAAGAAAAAGAAGGGGAGGACGUGGGCGGAAGCGGCUAAAACGGUUUUGGAAAAAUAUCCUAACACACCAAUGAGCCAUAAAGAGAUCUUGCAGGUGAUCCAAAGAGAAAGACUUAAAGAGAUAAGAAGUGGAACUUCACCGCUGGCAUGUCUGAAUGCAAUGCUGCACACAAACUCACGUGGUGAGGAAGGGAUUUUCUACAAAGUCCCAGGCAGGAUGGGAGUCUACACAUUAAAGAAGGACAUCUCAGAUGUGGUGAAGGAGCUGUCUGAGGAGGGCUCCGAGGACAGCAGUGACAAUCUUUCCGACUCCCAAAGCACAGAGAACGACACCGCCAUCAGUCCAGAGAGCAGGAGGGGAAGGUGGAUGCGAAGAGUUCCCUCCAAGCUGCAGUCCCAGCCGUCAUCUCCGCAGCCUCGAUGUUCAUCGCCUUCUAUCCCCACCAGUAAACUCAUCUCUCCCUCUCAGAAACACAGCAAGAAAGCUCUCAAACAGGCCUUGAAGCAGCAGCAACAGAGAAAUCAGCGUCGACAGGGGGGGAUGCCAACUGCCUCCAGUCCCAGAUUGCUUCUGAAGACCAUUAAAGAUAUAACAAUGGCUGACAACAUUACUACAAAGACUGACCUGUGCCACACUGUUGGGGCAAGGAAGGUUUCCCAGAGGUCAGGUCGCCUUAAUGCAGGACAGCUGAAACGCACCAAAUGUAAAAUAGAUGUGGAGACACCAGACUCUAUUUUGGUUAACACCAACUUGCGGGCUAUCAUCAACAAGCACACCUUCUCUGUCUUGCCACCAGACUGCCAACAAAGGCUGCUUGAACUUCUGCCUGAAGUUGAUCAACAGGCUUGCAUGGAUGGUCUUCUGAAGGUCACUAGUUCUGCCUUAAACAAUGAGUUCUUCACAUCCGCAGCGCAGUCCUGGAAGGAGAGACUGGCUGAGGGUGAAUUCACACCUGAGUUGCAGCUACGAAUGCGGCAAGAAAUUGAGAAGGAGAAAAAAGUUGAGCACUGGAAAGAAGCCUUCUUUGAAAACUAUUAUGGAGAAAAUUCUGGGCUCAGCUAUGAGGAAUCCAAGGAGCUGACAAAGGCUGAUUUGAAUCAGAAGUCUGCCAGGCCCCAGUAUCUUCCACAUCCAACAGGACCUGUUACCCACACACCACAGGAUCCCAAGGGCACUGAGGACAGCAGCCAGACUGAUAGUCCUGCUGCCUGUUUGAGAGACAUAAAGGCAACACAGACAUCAUCACUAGAGCCUCCAAAACCUUCUCAAAAAGAGUCCAUCUCGGUCGUAGAACCCAUGAAGACACGGCGUUCGCAGUCCACAGAGGAGUCCAAGUCACACAUAUCUGUACAAUCAGUGUCUGCGGUGACAACACCAGAGGGCUACAGACAGACUGAGCAUAUUGGAGCGGGUAAACUUCCUGAACAUGAGCUCUCUGAAGCAAAGCUGAAGAAGACAGAGCUCCCUCAGUCAUUCGUCAAGCAAAAUAGUCCACCAAAGGCCAGUUCAGAGUUCAAAGUGGAGCAGCCGGUGGCUGCAGUUAAGCCCGCUGAAGAGAGCGAGGUGGCGACCCCUGAAUCCAGUGGCCUCUCAGAGCCAUUUAAACGCAAGUCCACCAGUGAGGCAGAAGGUGAAUGGACACCAGAAAAAAGGCCACGUAUGUCCUCAGUUUCUUCAGUGUCUUCAGUCUCAUCUGUUUCUCCUCCAGCAUCGUCCAUAUCCAGCCCCGCAACCCCAUCGCCAGCAUCAAAACAAAAGGUUCCACCACUCAAGAUCCCAGUGUCACGUAUUCUUCCUGUUCCUGUGUCACCUGGCCAGGUUUCACCCAGGACUCCUCUUCCUGCUCCUCUCAGCAGCCCAGGGCGCACCGGGGCUCGCACUUUGGCUGACAUCAAAGCAAAAGCACAACUGGCCCGGGCACGAGCGGCAGCGGCUGCAGUAUCAUCUGCGUCUAAGGGAGCAGUGCCAGGGCCAGGGCCAGGAGGAGGAGGAGGUGCUGAGCACAUACGCCCACUGCCAAGCCCAAGCCCGACAUCUUCACAGGCAUCAGUAAGGUUAGCAGCCACCACCACCACCAGGAGUCAAACCACUUCACCUCCUUCUCACCCACUGGACUCGUUUGCUCAGCUAAACCCAUCUCAAACAUCUUACACAAGAAAAACUGAUGAUAGAGAAAAGGGUGUGUCUGUAGGUACUGUAAGUGCCACACCCUGUAGCACUCACGUAAGUUCAAAAUCAUCAGCACAAAACACUCCAUCAUCUGUGCACAUUAUCAAGGGACACGAAAACCCCAUGUCUGCUGGAUCAUCAGCCAGAACCAGCUCCUGUAUUCCUGCAAAUAACCCACUGGUCACUCAGCUUCUUCAGGGAAAAGAGGUCCCCUUGGAGCAGAUCCUUCCAAAACCGCUGUCCAAGGUAGACGUGAAGAUGUCAACACUGAGCUCUGGAAGUAAGGGGAAGACAUUCCAGUCAGUCAGUGGGGGCGUUGCUGAACACAAGACUGACAAGCAAAUGGCCCGCCACUUCAACACAGCAGGCCGAAUUUUCUCAGAAUACACGAGACAUCACAGAGAACUUCCUGAUAAGGAGACUCAGGAGCAGAUCCUUCAGGCUCUGAUGCAGAGGAAAGUCCAACAGAGCCAGCCUUACGGAGGCAUGGGGCCUCAGCCUCCCCAAUACAAAGCCCAUCAUCUGGUGCACGCAGAAGAGCGUCAGGGCCAAUCCAGGAUCGCUGUAGGCUUUUUAGGCCGCAAGAGGACACAGAGGCCUGCAAUGACAGGACAUUACCUGCUCAAUGUGUCCACAUAUGGUCGAGGUUCAGAGAGCAAAAGGCUGCAGCAGCCUACCAUUCCAAACACAUCCGCACUGAGUUUGAAAAAGGAAAGCACAGAAGGAGAGGAGGUGGAUAAGGGUGACGAAACCACUGGGAAAAUGUCCUCUGGGGUUAAAACAGAGCAGCAGAUCUACUCCAUUACCAAUUCUGAAGAAGUUGGUUUUCAGCCUUGUUCCAACGUUAAGAAUGAAUCAGGAUCAGAGGAUAGUACAGCUGGUGCCGACAACUGGAACACCAGUGUGACAGCCAAAGAUGCCAGCGCUUUUUCUCAAUCACGCCGAAGGCACCUUGAACUCUGCAAUCAAGGAAAUUCCGAGCCAUAUCUUACUCAAAUGGGAAUGGACCCCGGUCACCAGCGGCUGCCUGCCUUUCACACCCAGAAAAUGCUCGAUAAUCAGGAAGCAGCGGCGGCACCGUGCUAUGGCGGAACCAUCAGCAUGUCUGUACCGCACACUAUGAAUCACAAUAACAGAGGCACGGGCAAUUCCACAGCCUCAUCGGAGUCCGACAACAGCAGCGUCCACGGGAGCGUCAUGUCUUUCUCAGUGACUGUCACCACCAUACCUGCCGGUCACUCAUUAGACCAUGGUAACCAAGGCGAGCCAUCACCGGAACCCUCAUUCAUGGAAGGUUCCAACAUGGAGGACGUCCAGUCAAAAUGCUACUGCCGACUGAAGGCCAUGAUCAUGUGCAAAGGCUGUGGAGCCUUCUGCCACGAUGACUGCAUUGGCCCUUCAAAACUGUGUGUUUCAUGUCUAGUGGUACGAUGAUGUGAAAUAAAUCAGAACUAGAGAAUAACAUUGAUUUGUAUUGGAUCAAGGUGCAGCCAGAAGCAGGUCAUUCAGAAUCAGUAUCCUGGGGGUGAAUGAGUUUAGCCACGCUCCAGACAAGGAUUCCAGCAUGCAGUCACUGUUGGAAAGGGGACGAUUUACACUGGACGGUCUUUUGUUUCACAGACAUCUAAAGCCCACUUCAGGCCAAAGAUUCACAACAAGACGAGCUGAAAACUUGCAAAUAUUUGCCAAGUGUCAGUCUACAUUGUUCUGAAAACUAUACCAGUGUGAUGAAACAGCGUGUCAUUUCCACAGUUCUGUACUUGUACAUAAACAGCCAGCUUUCAAGGCUUUUGUAUAGCUGGAGAAUAUAAUUUGCAGUUCCUUAAAACAUGAACAUGAAUAGUGGUAGUGAGUUUCCAAGUACUAAAGCCGGGAUGUAAAACAGUAAUAAUAUUUAUCACAAUAACUCACAUUAUCGGGAUACCUUUAUUUUUUUAUUUUUUUAGGGUUUCAUUUGUUUUCUUUCUCAUCUGAAACAAAAUGUUUUGCCUUUUCGCAUCUCGUGCAUCAUUUCCAUCUUGGUCCAUCUUUUGUAUGAUUUUUCGCUUCUUGGAUCUUCUAUUAUUUUUGUCUAGUUUUCCCUUUUGUCCUUUUCGUCUUGUGGCAGCUUUUGUGUUGUAUUCAUCUUGUUGAUUCUCACAUGGUUUUCAUCUUGCUACAUGUUCUACAUAAUUGUCAUCUUUUUCAUCAUGCAUGUUUUCGGAAUAGUUCAGAACCGCUCAUUCUCGUGGUUUCUGACAUUUAUUAUGCUGAUUAGCAGCAUCAACUUAUGACUACAGUUUUGGCCAUGUUGCCCAGCCCUGCAUUUGACACAGCUGCAUUUCUGCUAUUCAUGACAAUGGAAAGACGUCAACACACAGAAGGGUGGAGAAUAUCUCCUGCCUCUUUCGUGAGUGGCUGUGAUAUCAAGAGGAGCUCGUGUCAACUCUGAGCAGAGCGAAAAACAAUCUUGACCGACUUUGAGCAGAACAGCUGAUAAAAUACUGCUGAAAAUACACACUAUAUACACAGUACCCUUAUAUUCUAAAAUCAGCCACUGGAGAUUUGACAACCUGGCUUUGUUGGCAGUCCUGUCAGCUGACUUUACCUAGACGUCCUGAAGUGGUUUCAUUUGGUUGUGAAUAUUUAGUCUGAACUGGGCUUAAGAAAUGUCACUUUGUGCAAUUUAUUUUGGUAGAAAUGUCAAUCAGUUUUCAAUCAGAUUCGUAGAUUGUCAGAUUUGUAACAAGUAUAAAAUUUGGCAAUGUUUGCACUUGGCUAGGAUUAGCGUGAUAUAUUUUUUUAAAUAUCUAUAUAUAUAUAUAUCUGUGUGUGUGUGUGUGUGUGUGUGUGAGAGAGAGAGAGUGUAGUUUUUAAAAACAAAAAAAGAGGGUAAAAUGAAUGUUGCUAUUUUUGUAGAACAUAAUGACUGUUGUGUUUUAGACUGACACUUUGUAUUAUUGGGCCUAAUCAUUAUGGUUUAAAGGAAAACAAAGGGCGCUAAUGAUAAUCAUUUGUUGUAGAGUACCUCCUAUUUGGCAUUGUAAUGCACACAUGGCAGGGAAGUGCAACUACCCGUAACUAUUUUAUAGAGAAACUGUACAUUUCUUACUGAAUACACUCAGAUUUAAAAGUAGAGGAUACGUAUAGUUUUAGUAAGAGAUUUUAAAAAGAUUUUUUGAAAAAAUACUUUAUAAAAAAUUAACUCGUGAGGAUUGCACAUGACAUCAUUUUUUUCACUAGCAGCGACAGGGUGAAGCACUUAAAAACUACAGGGACGAACAAUAUGUGAGUAAGUGCACGCCACUCAAAGCAUACUCAGAGAAAAGAUGAAGCAUCUCUAUAUGCUUGUUGUCUUUCUAGAUCUUUUCUCAUUUCAGCUUGACGUCAAGAAUCACUUCCUACUGUAUAAAGCUGCAUUUCUUCCCCCCCCCCAAAAAAUGCCAGUUUGUAGAUAUUGUCUCCCUUGAAGUGUGCAUUUUCAUGCUUUUUUGCAUCUAUACAGUGGGAAACAAAUAAAAAACACUCAAGGCAAAGGGGAGAAGAUGAAGACAAUUACCAUGUUGUUUUUGUCACUGUAAAUAUUUGCCAAUUUACAGUAAUCUGCCUAGAUGUAGAAUUUAAUUUUAUUUGUUCAGCACACGUCACUUGAGCAUAUUCAGCUAAUUAUUAUUACAAGAUGGUUUUACUGCACCGGGAAAACGGUCGUCACUGGUUACUUGAAAUAUACGGCAAAAUUUGAUCUAACGUUGCCAAGUAAGAAAAAUCACGUCUGUUGAAUAUGUUUGAAAAAAAAUCAGAUUUAUGAAACUUUCACAAUUAUUAAUCUGGCUUUAAUAAGUCCCUGGAUAUUUUUAUUUACACCUAAACAGAACUCGGAUUGAAGUGAAUUGCUAUUUACUAAUUAGUUAACUAUAAUAAUGGUAGUUGUUGAAAAUAGGUAGUUUUAACAAAUUUACUCCUGAUUCCGCAGAUUUUUUUUUUUUCGUUGACAUUUUCAUGGCGUCAUUGCACUUGACUGUGUUAGUUACAACAAAUGACCGACACUUCGUCCUAUGGACACAUAAUGUAUUGAACUAAAUGUAAAUGAGACAUCAAAAUAUCCAGGAACUUUGACGAGCUAAAUAUAUGUUUUCAACUAUUUUUCAGACCACAUUUGAUUAUUUAAAUUAUAUUCGAAUUGUUUGCAACUUAGUAAUGUUUGUUGCUGUAUUUUUUUCCCCCCAAGUAAUCAGUGAUGCCCUUUUUUUCCUAGUCUGUGGCAAGAAAAUAGAGAACAAGUUUUAGUGACGUUAACAAAACGCUAAAUGCUCAAUCAUUGAAUGAUUACAUCAUGACACAGUGAUGAACAGGCAAGUGUAAGGCUUCACCUAGAAACCACAAUUCAUGCUUAUUCUGCAAAAUAAUAUUCUUUUACUGCAAUUUCCAUUACAUUAACUCACCAUUUAUGGAUAUUUUAUCACCAAUUAACACAAAAAGAGAGAGACAGUAGUGAAGUUUUACCCCUACUUGUUUUUCUUGUGCCCAUGCCGAUUGUGGGGGAAAAAAAAAAACAUCAAUUAAAUAUCCAGGAAAGGCAAAGUAAAGGCCUGUGUUUUAUAGCAAUUCUGUUCAAGGUCAUAUGCCAAAGUCACCUUAAGAAAACAAAAGAAUCAGAUCUUGUUAACAUCUGACUAGUUAAUCAAAGUAAUAUAUUUUAAUUAAUAUAUUUUAAUACAAAAUCUAUUUGCUUUUUUUUUUUUUUUUUGAAAAAUCAACAGGGUAUUUACAAUGAGGAUGAUGAUAAUAAUGAUAAUAACAAUAAUAAUAAUAAUAUGUUGGCUGUCUGUUUUUUCCUAUAAUUUUGUUUAGACUGUAACUUGACUUUUGUAAUUGCCCAGGUAUGUGAUACAGGUUUUACAGUGGAUCCGCUGACAAUUCUAUUUUUCCAUAGAGACGUUGUCUACUGUGUGCAACUUUUUUAGAUUUGUGUCGUUACCGUACGGAAAGAAAUUAUCAGCCUUUUAGGUCAGCAGAUGAAUCGGAAUCCAUGUUUUUCUUAUGAAAUUGGAAAUUGUGUGUUUUGGAGAAUAAUGUUUUGAGAGUUGAGUUCUAAAACUGGUUCAGCAAUAUUGGAUUUGGCUGGUACAUUUAACUGCCACAUGUUUAGGUCUUAUUUGGUUGAAAGUCAUAGUAGAACGCUAUAUUUAAUCAAGCAGAGUUAAGGACUGGAUUGCACUCCAAAAGAAAAAAACAAAACAAAACAAACAACAGCAUUCUAUCAACCCAAAAGGCAGCUGAAAUCUUUUUUUAAUACGGAAUGAACAGCAGGCAGCCUGUUGUGUGUUCAUACAUAAGAGCACUUCAUGUAGAAUUGGCUGUGGGAAAUGUGUCAUUAGCAACCACCACCAUUUAAAAAAAAAACAAAACAAAAAAAACAGAAAAUGUCAUGUUCGUCUCUUGGUAGAUUUGUUUGUGUCAUUUUGUCUCCAUUUAAACUCUGGGUGAAUGUAAUAUAGUAAUCAGCACUUGUAAACAAAGUGUAUUUUAUCAAAGGUUAUAGACUAUUAUGAAUAAAUAAUGAAAGGAAA